AUGGCAGAUACUGAAUAUUUGAAAUACAAAGAUCCAAAGCAACCAUUGAAUACUAGAAUUAAGGAUCUUGUUGGUAGAAUGACUUUGGAAGAGAAAAUCGGUCAAAUGCUUCAAAUUGAGCGCACGGUUGCUUCUGCUGAUAUAGUGAACAAGUAUUACAUUGGGAGUCUUCUGAGUGCUGGUGGAACUGUUCCUAAGGUGAACGCAACUGCAAAUUAUGGGGUUGAUAUGGUGAAUAAGUUUCAAAAAGGUGCAUUGUCGACUAGGCUUGGAAUUCUAAUAAUAUAUGGAGUUGAUGCUGUUCAUGGUCAUAACAAUGUUUAUAAUGCUACUAUUUUUCCUCACAAUAUCGGUCUAGGGGCUACAAGCACUUCAACGAUAUUGGGCGAUCCUCAACUAGUGAAGAAGAUUGGUGAUGCAACUGCUCUUGAAGCAAGAGCGACCGGAGUUUCAUAUCUCUUCGCUCCUAGCAUCGCGGUUUGUAGAGAUCCAAGAUGGGGUAGAUGUUAUAAAAGUUAUAGUGAAGAUCAUAAAAUUGUUCAAGCUAUGACCGAGAUAAUUCUAGGAUUGCAAGGUGAUAUCCCUCCACAUUCACGCAAGGGUGUUCCAUAUGUUGCUGGAAACAAGAAAGUAGCAGCUUGUGCAAAACACUAUGUUGGUGAUGGUGGAACGACAAAAGGAAUCAAUGAGAAUAACACAGUUAUAACAAGACAUGAAUUGCUUAGCAUUCACAUGCCAGCUUACUAUGACUCAAUUAUUAAGGGUGUCUCAACCAUCAUGGGUUUUGUCAUGUCAGAUUUUUUCGGAAUUGACAAGAUAACUUCACCUCCUCAUGCUAACUACACACAUUCAAUUGAAGUCGGAGUAAAUGCCGGUAUUUACAUGGUAAUGACUGCAGCUGACUUCCGAGAAUUCAUAGAUGGCUUAUCUUUACUAGUGAAAACAAAUGUUGUAUCUAUGAAAAGAAUCAAUGAUGCAGUGAAGAGAAUUUUGAGAGUCAAGUUUGAGCAUAGAGAGUUGGCUAGAGAAGCUGUGAGGAAAUCAUUGGUACUAUUAAAGAACGGUGAAAGCGUUGAUAAGCCGUUGCUUCCUCUUCCUAAAAUGGCUUCAAAAAUACUUGUUUCCGGAAUUCAUGUUGAUAAUCUAAGCUAUCAAUGUGGUGGAUGGACGAUUCAAUGGCAAGGGCUUAGGAGCAACAACAUUACUAGUGGUACGACAAUUCUGAGUGCGAUAAAAAAUACAGUUGAAAAAGACACUAAGAUAGUCUAUCAGGAGAAUCCAUCUCUCGAAUAUGUAAAAUCAAAUGAUUUUUCAUAUGCAAUUGUGGUAGUCGGAGAAACACCAUAUGCGGAAACAAAUGGCGACAGUUUAAACUUAACCAUCUCAGGUAAUGGGGCAGAAACAAUAAACAAUGUAUGCAGCGGAGUGAGAUGUGUGGUUGUGUUAAUAACUGGUAGACUUGUGGUUAUGUUACCAUAUAUUGACAUAAUCGAAGGACUUGUUGCGGCAUGGCUUCCUGGUAGUGAAGGUUACGGUAUUACAGAUGUUUUGUUUGGUGAUUAUGGAUGUAGUGGUAAACUUCCAAGGACAUGGUUUAAGAGUGUUGAUCAAUUACCUAUGAAUGUUAGUGAUUCUCAUUAUGAUCCUUUGUUUCCAUUUGGAUUUGGUCUUACUACUCAAGGUCUUAAGAAUACUUAG